AUGCAAACGCCAGUCAAUUGCCACACAAAAUCAAGACUUCCGCACCAGAUUGCGUCCGAGUCUGGUUGUGAUUCCGACAGACCACGAGCCCAGCAGAUGCUGGUGCUGAAGCAGACUCUUAAUCAUCAUCCGUUCGAGCAAGCCGACGACUUUCUUCUCAAACAGAAGUCGCCCAACUGCCCAACUCGCCAUGUCGGUCAGUCACACUCAUUUUACGCAGCUGUCUCAAAGUCGCCGGCCAUUUCUCCGCACUUGGCGCCGUGUCUCAUAUCGAUUUGUCCCAAUGAACUUGUCUCAGGCCACUUGAACUUACAAAGUGGAAUUUGA